GUGGGCUGCACUCAGACGAGAGCACCUUCCCCGAGUUCCACUACUCGGCCGUCCUCUACCUCUCCACGCAGGGCGACGACUUUGAGGGCGGCACCUUCUCGUGGAGCGACCCGCCCGAGGCAGCCCCGCCCGAGGGGCAGCCUCGCCGCCACGUGGAGCCCCUCCGGUCAGGCAGGCGAUUCGCCGUGCCCUCCUUUUUCACGACGCUGCCCGGCGGGCCACCAGCCGAGGCGACGGUGCCCACCGAGCCGCGCGCGGUCGCGGACGAGCUCUGGCGGACGCUGCUGGCGCCGCAGACGGCGGCAGACCCAAAGGAAUUUUUCCUCAAGUGGCACGGCCUGCUGGCGCCAGGGCACGCGUGA